GCUGCCCUCGGAGGCUGUUCCCAAGAUGGCGGCCGCGCGGGCGGCUCUCCGCGCUCCUGCAGCCGGGUAGGGACCCGCUCCCCUCCUCCCGCUGCUCCCGCUCCUCGCUGCGCCCCCACGCCGCGCACCGGGGGCCGCCGCCAUGCCGGUGCAUGCAUGAGAGACGCCGCCGCGCUGGUUUGUGCCGCCGCCGCCAUGGAGGAGCCGCCGUCGUCGCCGCCGGGGAGGAAAGAGUGCAAAUCAGGAGAUGCUACUUCCAAGAUCUCUGAAUCCGACCCUGAGGAAUUAUCAGAUGAAGCAAGUGCUGACACUUUCUAUGGCGCUUCUCCUCCCAGCACACCCCGCCAGAUGAAGCGAAUGUCAACAAAGCACCAGAAAAAUAAUGUCAGCAGACCUGCUGGCCGCUCCACUUCGAAAGAAAAGAUGAGUGUGCCAUCUCAGUCUUUGCAUAAAGACAAUGGGAAAACCAUUGAGAAUGUGGAAGAGCACAGCUAUAAGCAAGGGAAAAAGAUCAGAGAUGCCCUAAGGACAACAGAACGAGAUCACAAGAAAAAUGUGCAGUGCUCAUUUAUGUUAGACUCAGUUGGUGGCUCUCUGCCAAAAAAAACAAUUCCAGAUGUUGAUCUCAAUAAGCCUUACCUCAGCCUUGGCUGUAGCCAUGCUAAGCUUCCAGUCUCUGUGCCCAUGCCAAUACCCAGAACCACGCGCCAGACUUCUAGGACCGACUGCCCGGCAGACCGGUUAAAAUUCUUUGAAACCCUCCGGCUUUUGUUAAAACUUACCUCAGUCUCAAAGAAAAAGGACAGGGAGCAGAGGGGACAGGAAAACACCUCCUCUGUCUGGUUGAACCGAUCCAAUGAGCUGAUCUGGCUGGAGCUGCAAGCUUGGCAUGCUGGCCGGAGCAUUAAUGACCAAGACCUCUAUCUCUAUGCAGCCCGUCAAGCUAUCCCCGAUAUCAUCAAUGAAAUCCUCACCUUCAAAGUGGACUAUGGAAACUUCUCCUCUGUAAAAAAUGGAGCCAGUCUCAAUGGUACUUCAGGAGAAGGAGUUUGCAAAUCAACACAUGGAACUAGUGCUUUGGGUUACUCGAGUUACCAUGAACACCUCCAUCGGCAGCGGGUCUCGUUUGAGCAGGUAAAGCGAAUCAUGGAGCUGCUGGAGUACAUAGAAGCACUUUAUCCAUCUCUGCAGGCUCUUCAAAAGGACUACGAAAAGUAUGCUGCAAAGGACUUCCAAGACAGGGUGCAGGCACUCUGUCUAUGGUUAAAUAUUACAAAAGACUUAAACCAGAAACUAAGGAUUAUGGGGACUGUAUUGGGCAUCAAAAAUCUGUCUGACAUUGGCUGGCCAGUGUUUGAAAUUCCUUCUCCUCGACUGUCUAAGGACAAUGAUCCAGAUGAUGAAGACAUUGAUAGGGAAGUAGAAAUAAAGGAGUCCUCAGGAACAUGCACAGAAGAGAGUGAUGGUGAAGAACAAAUCUCUGAGGAGAAUGUUGAGGAACUCAGACAAGCCAUCAAGAACAAUUUUACUAAUAAACCAAAUUUUGACUUUCAGGACCAUUUUUCAAGGAGGCUUGAUAGGCUUGAAUCUGAGGAUGACUCUACUUCCUGGGUUAUUCCAGAAUGCAGCGCUGAGGGAAGCUGCGGCCAACACUGUUUGACCUCUAUUUACAGGCCAUUUGUUGAUAAAGCACUGAAGCAAAUGGGGUUGAGGAAACUGAUUUUAAGACUGCACAAGCUAAUGCAUGGUUCAUUGCAAAGGGCCCGUAUGGCGUUAGUAAGGAGUGAUCACCAGCUGGAGUUUUCGGAAUUUCCAGAUCCCAUGUUGUGUUCAGAUUAUGUGCAGUUACUAAAUUUCCCACCUUGUUGCGAGCAAAAAUGCAGUGCUGUGUCAUGGGAGGAGUUGAAAUCCAUGGACUUGCCAUCUUUUGAACCGGCAUUCUUGGUUCUCUGCCGGGUCCUGCUCAAUGUUAUCCAUGAAUGUCUCAAGCUGAGGUUGGAACAAAGACCUGCUGGGGAGCCAUCUCUUUUGAGUAUUAAACAGCUAGUGAGAGAGUGUAAAGAAGUUCUGAAGGGUGGACUCUUAAUGAAGCAAUAUUACCAGUUCAUGUUACGGGAAGUGUUAGAUGACUUACAGAAGAUUGAUUGCAACAUUGAUUCUUUUGAAGAGGAUUUGCAUAAAAUGUUAAUGGUUUACUUUGAUUAUAUGCGAAGCUGGAUCCAAAUGCUGCAGCAGUUACCUCAAGCAUCUCAUAGUUUAAAAAAUCUGUUAGAGGAAGAAUGGAAUUUCACCAAAGAAAUAACUCCUUAUAUAAGAGGAGGUGAAGCUCAAGCUGGAAAGCUAUUUUGUGAUAUUGCAGGAAUGCUGCUGAAGUCUACAGGAAUAUUUUUAGAUUCUGGACUACAAGACAGUUGUGAUGAAUUUUGGGCCAGUGCUGAUGACAGUACUGCAUCAGAUGAAAUCAGGAGGUCUGUUAUAGAGACCAGCAGAGCACUGAAAGAGCUGUUCCAUGAAGCUAGAGAAAGGGCCUCCAAAGCUCUUGGUUUUGCCAAAAUGCUGAGGAAGGACCUUGAAAUAGCAGCAGAAUUUGCAUUGUCAGCCCCUGUGCGAGAUCUUCUGAAUGCUCUGAAAACAAAAGAGUAUGUGAAGAUACAAAUUCCUGGACUGGAGAGUUUACAAGUGUUUGUACCAGGCAGUAUUGCCGGGGAAAAGGCUGUGAUCCUGCAGCUCCUCAAUGCAGCUGCUGGCAAGGAUUGCUCCAAGGAUUCAGAUGAGCUUACCUAUGAGGCCUACUUGCUGAUGACCAAACACAGUGACAAAGACCGUGACGUAGAUGACAGCUGGAGUGCGUGGGAGGGUCCGCCAGUCAAAGUAGUGCCACAGGUAGAAACUGUUGAUACGCUGCGCACCAUGCAGGUUGAUAACCUGCUCCUUGUAGUCAUUCAGUCUGCCCACCUUGUGAGUCAGAGAAAAGCUUUCCAGCACUCUAUUGAAGGGCUCAUAUCUCUGCACCAGGAACAGACAUCCAGCCAACCAAUCAUUGCCAAAGCUCUACAGCAGCUAAAGAAUGAUGCAUUACAGCUAUGCAAUAAGAUAAGCAGUGCCAUUGAUAGAGUUGAUCACAUGUUCACAUCUGAGUUUGAUGCUGAAGUUGAUGAAUCUGAAUCUGCCACUUUGCAGCAAUACUACCGGGAAGCCAUGAUUCAGGGUUAUAAUUUUGGGUUUGAGUACCAUAAAGAAGUUGUUCGUCUGAUGUCUGGAGAAUUCAGGCAGAAAAUUGGAGACAAAUACAUCAACUUUGCCAGAAAAUGGAUGAAUUAUGUGCUAACAAAGUGUGAGAGUGGCCGGGGCACUCGACCCAGAUGGGCAACUCAAGGUUUUGAUUUUCUUCAAGCCAUUGAGCCAGCAUUUAUUUCAGCUCUCCCAGAAGAUGACUUCUUGAGUUUACAAGCUCUGAUGAAUGAGUGCAUUGGCCAUGUUAUUGGAAAACCUCACAGUCCUGUUACAGCUGUUCAUCGAAACAGUCCCCGUCCUGUAAAAGUGCCUCGGUGCCAUAGUGAUCCACCAAAUCCUCACCUCAUCAUCCCCACGCCUGAAGGCUUCAGUUUUUCUUCUUGCCACAGCACGCGGAGCGUCCCUUGCGAUGCGCGGAGCCAUGGCAGUGUUGCUGUGAGUCGCCCCGCUCCCGUGGGCAGCGACUCACCCCAGCCCAAAGCUCUCAGCAGUGCCAAUGAGACCAGGGGUUCCAGUGUCCCUGAAAAUGAUCGACUUGCUUCAAUAGCAGCUGAGUUGCAGUUCAGAUCCCUCAGUCGUCACUCCAGUCCCACUGAAGAGCGAGAAGAGCCAUUGUAUCCAAAAGGAGAUUCUAGUGGUUCAUCCCGGCGGAGUUGGGAGCUCAGAACGUUGAUCAACCAGACCAAAGACACUGCUUCCAAGCAAGCCCCGAUGGAAGCUGUUCAAAAGUCUGUUCAGUUGUUUGAAGAAAGGAGAUACAGAGAGAUGAGAAGGAAGAACAUCAUUGGCCAAGUUUGUGACACACCGAAGUCUUAUGAUAAUGUUAUGCACGUGGGUUUGAGAAAAGUGACUUUCAAGUGGCAGAGAGGAAACAAAAUUGGUGAAGGCCAGUAUGGGAAGGUCUAUACUUGCAUCAGUGUUGACACUGGAGAGCUGAUGGCUAUGAAGGAAAUAAGAUUUCAACCUAAUGAUCACAAAACCAUCAAAGAAACAGCUGAUGAGCUGAAAAUUUUUGAAGGCAUCAAACACCCUAAUCUGGUUCGUUAUUUUGGUGUGGAGCUCCACAGGGAAGAAAUGUACAUCUUCAUGGAGUACUGUGAUGAGGGCACUCUGGAGGAGGUAUCCAAACUGGGCCUUCAGGAGCAUGUCAUUAGGCUGUACACAAAGCAGAUCACCAUUGCUAUCAAUGUGCUGCAUGAACAUGGUAUUGUUCAUCGAGACAUUAAAGGAGCCAACAUCUUUCUUACCUCAUCUGGACUGAUUAAACUAGGAGACUUUGGCUGCUCAGUGAAGCUGAAGAACAAUACCCAGACAAUGCCUGGAGAAGUGAACAGUACCUUGGGGACUGCAGCAUACAUGGCUCCAGAAGUUAUCACCAGAGCGAAAGGAGAAGGGCACGGACGUGCAGCAGACAUCUGGAGCCUGGGCUGUGUUGUCAUAGAGAUGGUCACGGGCAAGAGGCCUUGGCAUGAAUAUGAGCACAACUUCCAGAUCAUGUAUAAAGUGGGGAUGGGUCAUAAACCUCCUAUUCCUGACAAAGUGAGCCCAGAAGGGAAAGACUUCCUUUGCCACUGCCUGGAGAGUGACCCAAAGAUGAGGUGGACGGCCAGCCAGCUUCUCGAUCAUCCUUUUGUCAAGGUUUGUCUGAUGACUAUGGCUGCAAAAACUGCAGAUGGGAAUGGGGAACAGCUCUUAAUCAGCUUCUUUGUUCUCAGUCAUGCCACAGAGGUUGGUACCAUGGUGAAGGGCUGCUAGCCAAUUGAUGCUGUCCAGGAAAAAUGGAUUGGCAACUUUCCAGAAGCACAUGUGUUGUUUUCAGCAAGCAUGUGACCACAGGACGUGGUGUGCACCAUGCAAUAAACUUUCACUGCUGUUUUGAAAUGCAUCAUCUUUAUGUUCAAAAGACAAGUCAGGCUCCAACUCAGUGGUAGCUAAUUGGAUCUGAAGGGCUUUGCAGCAAAAACUUUAGCAAGUACAAAUGCAUGGCUUUUCAGAGAUAAGGGCCCCUCCAUAAAAAGUGAAACCACACACAAGAAGUCUCCCAAUCUUCUGUGCAAAGACCUGAUUUUAAGUUCAUAUUUAAAGUUAAGAUCAUACUGAAUGUUUUAUCUGGCAGCUGCUGUAACAGGCAGCAGUUCUUGCAUGAACUAUGGUGUGAUGCUUUCCCUAACAACAGGCAAAUAUUCACAGCUACAAAUUGAGCUGUAUUAGUAACAUCUUUUUUGAAGGAGUAGGAGCACUGUAGUUUAUUGAAUUCUGUCUCAUUUUCCAGCAUAAAGUUGAUCAUUUUGGUGUUCUGAUUCAGGAGCAGUGUGUUUGGCAUCAUCACACAUCCCUCAUCAGUGCCGCUGUAGCAGAUCCCAUCCAUCAGAGGGGGACACUGCUUUAGGCACCUAAAGGAUGCAUGGUAACAGUGGCAGUGUCAGUACUCCCAUACAAACACUUGUAAUGCAUUACUGUGGAACAAGGAAGAGAAAAAAAAGUUCAAGGUGAAGGUGCUAAAGAAAUGGAUCCAUGAUCAUCUUGCUGCAGGAGGGAGAUGGCUGAAGUAAUUGCCUUUUGCUUCCUUCACAGGUUUGCACAGAUGAAGAAUGAAGUUACUCAAUCUCUGGCCUUUUCUAUUCUGACAAGAUUUGAAUCACUACUGUAUGUAAUAUUUACAUAAAGGCUGUGCUGAGAAACAGUCUGAAAGUUGACCUUAACGAAGACUGCACAAGUGACAGUGUCACUUCCUCUGCUGCUCCUGUACAUUUUACCUGGCACAUGUUGCUCACGUGACGUGUCCGCAAGUUGGAAGAAGCUGCAUGUUCAGUGAAAGUGCCAUUACUACUGUAUAUGGACCAGACCCUUUUGUUCCUUCUCCUGUUUCUCAUUUGACUGAGAACUUGUAUUGUUAAUAUGUAGUAUUUUUGAACUCUCUAGGUUCAGAAAAAUGCUGUAGUGUUAUCAGGCGUUAUGGACCUUGUUUUUUAAUCUGUUUGAGUGCACUGACUGUGAACUUUUACUGGGGUUUUUGUUUAUUUGUUUUUGGCAAGCUUCGGAUUUGUUAUGCACAAGGCUGAUUAAUGAAAUUUAAAAAAAAAAGGUUUUUCUCAAUAAAUGGUUUAUUUUAGGA